AUGGUCGACACUAUUUCCAAGCUUGGCCUUGUUGCUAAAGUCGGCAUCAUUUUGCAAGAAUGGGUUGAGCUUGGCCAGUGCGAUGGUGCUAGUGAAACAGUGCCUGAAGGCUUUUGGAGGACCUUGGUUGCAGAUCGUGGGCCCCAUGGCUCUCCAGCACCCUCGCGGUAUAGCAGAGCAUUUCUUUAUUAUCUUCGGCUUAGUCCUACGGGCAACACCAACACCAACAGACUCAUGGCGGAAAGUGAAAUAGAGCCUUCCCCGGCAGUAAAUUUCGUGCAGCGAGUUCAUAGCGUCAAGCGGAACCGCAAGUUGCUUGUAUCAGAAACCAAAAAGUAUGAAGGCUUGGUUCCCAUGACCGCGGAGGGGGAAGCCGUGGCUGCUGGAUAUCAUGAAGAGCAAUUUGAGCUUAGAUGAAAUUGAAAUAUUCG